AUGACUGAACCAAAGAUCAAGGCCGUGUUCUUCGACUUCAUGGGCACAUGUCUCGACUGGCAUUCUAGUGUCGUCCGAUCUCUCCCUUCUUCCAUCCCUGAGGACGAUAGAUCUGAGUUUGCCCUAGAAUGGCGAAGACGAUACUUUAUUGAAAACAAUCAGCGUUUCAAGCAGGGUCUGUCGCCUGAAGACAUCGACGUUACCCUCGCUCGCGUACUCGAAACCGUGCUUCCUGAUUUCCCGACCUGCAGCGCCGCUAUCGAUUCCGAAGUGAAGCGCCAAAUGAUCCAAGCAUGGCACACUCAGCCCGCAUGGCCCGAGGUCAACAAGGCAAUUCAAAGUCUCCGCGACGACCUCGGCCUCGAGGUUUUCGUCCACGCUAACGGCACGACCCGCCUGCAACUCGACCUCGCCCGCUCUUCGGGCUUGAACUUCAACAUGAUGUUCUCGAGUCAGUUGCUCGGGGCUUACAAGCCCAGCCCUCACGCAUACAUGAAAGCUUUGGAGCUUGUCAAAUUCGAACCCCAGGAGGUUGUUCUAGUCGCGGCACAUGCUUACGAUUUGCGUGGCGCACAGAGCUGUGGGAUGAAGGGUGUUUAUGUUCAUCGGUGGACAGACGAUGUGGAUGAGGAUAUGACUACCGUGAAAACGGAGUUUGAUGCUUUCCUAGAUGGAAUGGAAGGAUUACCUCGAGUACUUUCGAGAUGGGCUGCAUGA